GAGGAAAAAACAGAAGCUAGUUAGUGUAAUAGAAAUUUAAAUAUUUUUCGAAACUUAUAAUCUUUUGAAUAUUUUGCCAGACUUUGAAAACUCUUGAAACAAAGUUCAAUGCUUCAUGUGAACUUGAUUUUUUUUUUUUUUUGCCUCGAGCGCCAUCUUGUGUCAAAUGAGGAGAAUGCAGCCUACACUUCAAGUGUAGGCUGUUGUAUGUCAAUAAAGCAGCUAACGCUAGUACGCUAAAGUAAUGCACUUAGUGGAUUAGGAUGUUGAGACAAGCAUGGCGUUGGUCGGCGUUUAGAGACACUCGUGCGGGGACCGCACGCGUCGUGGCCGCGUCCUCUCUGGCAGCCGACAGUCCGCGGCGGAGCUCAGCUGGUCUCACGAGGGGUUUCCAAAACAUUCCCCAUCCUCUGAGAGGAGGGUCACAGCUGCUCCUCCAACCACAGCCGGUGUCGGCCAGCUACCUCAGUCCGUCUGUGUUCCUGAGCAUGGCAUCAGGGAGUAGCCAUCCACCGUCCACUCAUCCCAAACACACAAACAGGUUGGCCAAUGAGCGGUCGCCAUAUCUGUUACAACAUGCACACAACCCCGUCGACUGGUAUCCAUGGGGACAUGAGGCGUUUGAAAAGGCAAAAAGGGAAGACAAACCCAUCUUCUUAUCAGUGGGCUAUUCAACGUGCCAUUGGUGUCACGUUAUGGAGAGAGAGUCUUUCAAAGAUGAGGAGAUUGGAAAAAUCCUCAGUGACAACUUUGUCUGCAUCAAACUGGACAGAGAAGAGAGACCCGACGUGGACAAGGUCUACAUGACCUUUGUGCAGGCAACAAGUGGUGGUGGAGGCUGGCCCAUGAGUGUGUGGUUAACUCCUGAUCUUCGACCUUUUAUCGGAGGUACUUACUUCCCCCCGAGGGACCAAGGAAGAAGACCAGGCUUCAAGACAGUUCUGAUAAGAAUCAUUGAACAGUGGCAGAACAACCGAGCGACUUUAGAGUCCAAUGGUGAGAGGAUAAUCGACGCUCUAAAGAAAGGCACAACCAUCACUGCGAACCCAGGAGAAAGCCCUCCCUUGGCCCCAGACGUUGCUAAUCGCUGCUUCCAGCAGCUGGCCCACUCCUAUGAGGAAGAGUACGGAGGCUUUAAAGAUGCUCCAAAGUUCCCCUCACCAGUGAAUCUGAUGUUCCUCAUGUCUUAUUGGUCCGUGAAUUGCUCCACCUCAGAGGGGGUCGAGGCACUCCAGAUGGCCUUGCACACACUCCGAAUGAUGGCACUGGGAGGCAUCCACGACCACAUUGCACAGGGUUUUCAUCGUUACUCCACGGACUCUUCGUGGCACGUUCCUCACUUUGAGAAGAUGCUGUAUGACCAGGCUCAGCUGGCUGUGGCUUACAUAACCGCUUUUCAGGUAUCAGGUGAGCAGUUCUAUGCCGACGUGGCUAAGGAUAUACUGUUGUACGUCUCCAGGGACCUGAGUGACAAGUCUGGAGGCUUUUACAGUGCAGAAGAUGCUGACUCUGUCCCAGCAUCAGGGGGGCUGGAGAAGCGAGAGGGAGCCUUCUGUGUGUGGACAGCCUCAGAAGUGCGGGAGCUCCUGCCUGAUGUGGUAGAGGGCGCGGUUGGAGCCGCCACGCUCGCAGACGUCUUUAUGCACCACUACGGAGUCAAGGAGCAAGGCAACGUUGCAGCCGAGCAGGAUCCACACGGGGAGCUGCAGGGGAAAAAUGUGCUGAUCGUCCGUUAUUCAGCGGAGCUAACAGCUGCUCACUUUGGCAUCACGUUUGAGAAAUUCAACGAACUCAUGACCUCAGCCAGAGGCAGAAUGGCAGAGGUGAGGCAGAUUCGCCCGAGACCCCACCUGGACACCAAGAUACUGGCUUCCUGGAAUGGCCUGAUGCUGUCUGCCUUCGCUCGGGUUGGAGCCGUGCUGGGGAACGAGGUGCUGCUGGAGAGAGCGGUGCAAGCGGGAAACUUCCUGAAGGUGCACCUGUGGGACCCCGAUCAGCAGAACAUGCUCCGAUCUUGUUACCGCGGAGACCAGAUGGAGCUGGAACAGAUAUCCCCGCCUAUCUGCGGCUUCCUGGACGACUACGCCUUUGUCGUUUGUGGCCUGCUGGACCUGUACGAGGCCACGUUCCAGACGGAGUGGCUGCGGUGGGCCGAGGAGCUGCAGGCCCGGCAGGAUGCGGUGUUCUGGGACAACCAGGGCGGAGGUUACUUCUGCAGCGAGCCCAGUGACGCCGCGGUUCUGCUGCGACUGAAGGAGGAUCAGGAUGGAGCAGAGCCCAGCGCCAACUCCGUCUCAGCUUCCAAUCUGCUGCGACUAUACCACUACACUGGAAGACAAGAGUGGCUCCAGAAGUCCCAGCAGCUGCUGGCAGCAUUCUCCGACCGGCUGACCAGUAUUCCCAUAGCUCUGCCUGAGAUGGUCCGGGCUCUCAUGGCCCAGCACUACACACUUAAACAGAUUGUGAUCUGCGGUCAGAGGGAGGCUUCGGACACCUCAGGGCUUCUUGCAGCAGUCAAUUCCCUCUUUUUACCGUUUAAGGUUGUGAUGCACACCGAUGGGAAUCCAGAGAGCUUCCUGUGCCAACGUCUGCCAGCGCUGUCCUCCAUGACCCAGCUGGACGGCGCCGCCACGGCCUACGUCUGCCAGGAUCUCACCUGCUCUCUGCCUGUCACCGAGCCCCAGGAACUGCGGCAGCUGCUCCUGGACGGAGCCAUGGCGCAGGAGGGCCACUGACUAUGGGAAGGACAAGACUGCAUCCUGCAAAAUCUGCUGCUUCCUGACUUCCCCCUCAGUGAAUACCAAAGCUUUAGAAAGUUCUGGUGCAGUGCCUCGCAGACAUAACGAAAUAAAUUCCUCUUCCUGGUUUUCUUCCAGAAUUCAGCUUCUUGCCAUCGACUCCUGAGCAGCUUCCCUGAGCUGAAAGAAAAGCAGCCCCACAGGAUCAUGCUGCUAUUGCCAGGUUUUACAAUGAGGUGCAGUGAGUUCAGUGGCGGCUUUGACAUGUAGGUCCAAACGUUAAAUUUUAAACAAAACCACCCUCUUCACACUUGAAGUUUUUGCCUCUGCGGCCAAAACGUCAAAAUUUAAACUAAUCUUUUGGCCACAAAAUUUGUUAAAUAAAAAAAAAAAAAGCAAAAAUAAUUUCGGCAUUUUUUUUGUUUUGUUUUACCUGCUCGAAUGUUAAGCAUGAUUUUUAAGAAAUUUGUAAAUCCCUAAAGAUCGAACACAUAAAAAAGAUGAUUUCCACAUUUUUGAGGAUCAGUUGUUUUUUUUAAUUUGUUGGCCAAAUUUUUACCUUUCUUGAAUUGUGAUCAGGGAGGCCAGUCAAAAUCAUUUCAAGGGCCAUAUGUGGCCCCAGGGCCGCACGUUAGACACCCUGUUCUCUAAUAUAAGAGGGAAAAUGGUCGUACUGGAAUUUAUUUAGAGACAUCUGAGUUAAAGGGGGUUAAUAUAAAAGGCACAUAUAUUUAUUUUUUUAAUUGUGGACCAUAAUUUUCCUUACAUUGGUAUAGAACAUAAAAUCCCAAUAAAAAGCAUUCGACUUUAUGGUGAGAUGGCGAAACUUGAACAUUUCAGUGAACACUUUUGCAAGUCACCGUAUUAUGCAAACAUCGUCUUCGACCGUCUAAUAUUUUCUAUUAGUGGUAAAGCGUUACCUCUGCAGCAGCAUCCUAUUAAAAAAUAUGCAACACUUGUACAAAAUACUGAGGCUUGACUGUAAAUGCCAGACUGCUAAUGGAAAACAACUUCAAACCACCGAUGUGAGCCGUAUGGAAAUUAAUUUGUGCAGCACUGUUGUCAUCCGGUUGCCCAAAUCUAAAGGUAGAAGCAAGCCUUUUUUUUUUUUUUAAGUUAAAACUGCUUCAUGUACCAAUUUCUGUAAAUUAAUAGCAGCAAACAAGCAGUGCUUUGCCACAUUAUUAAUGCAACUGUUGUGGAUUUUAUCCUGAGGCUAUGACAUGAAAAAAAGAACAAAACACAAUGCAUAUAAAGCAUGCAUUUUUUUCCUCCUGUUUAUUUAAUAAAAUUAUUUUCUCGCA